AUGGAUAAUCAAGACAAGGGAGGAGGUACAGCAGGAGAAGAGGGAGGAGGGCAGAGAAAAGAAAAGCAGAGAGCUGAGAAGGUCGGUGAUGAAGAUAAGCAGACCAAAGACAAACACAACAAGCUGGAGAAAGAGGGCGGCGAGAAGGAGCCGAGUGGGGAGGCCAAGAAGGAGAACCGUCGCUGCCAGUGGAAGAGCGGCUGGGCUCUGACCGAACGUCUGGCCAUCAACGUAUCAGGGAUGCGUUAUGAGACCCAGCUCCGGACCCUCGCCCAGUUCCCCGACUCCCUGCUGGGUGACCCCCGGCGUCGUCUUCGCUACUUUGACCCCAUGCGGAAAGAACUCUUCCUGGACAGGAGCCGCGUCUGCUUCGAUGCCAUCCUGUACUUCUACCAGUCGGGCGGGAGGCUGAGGAGGCCCGCCAACGUCCCUCUGGACAUGUUCCUGGAAGAGCUGCACUUCUACGAGCUCGGAGAGGAGAUCAUCGACCGCUACAAAGAGGAUGAAGGCUUCCCCAAGGAGGAGGAGAGGCCCUUACCCACCAAUGACCUGCAGCGUCGCCUCUGGAUGCUGUUUGAGUAUCCAGAGUCAUCCGGCGGAGCUCGGAUCAUCGCCAUCAUCAGCGUCAUGGUCAUCGUGAUCUCCAUUCUCAUCUUCUGCCUGGAGACCCUGCCGGAGUUCAGGAACGAGAAGGAACAGAGGGAGCAAUUCACCGUCAUACCUCACCCCACCAUCGCGAACGAAACCAUCACGAUCCCACCUGGCUUCACCCCCUUCCACGACCCCUUCUUCAUUGUAGAGACGAUCUGCAUCUGCUGGUUCUCCUUUGAGCUCAUCGUGCGCUUCACCUGCGCUCCGAGCAAGAUGCACUUCUUCAAAGACGUCAUGAACACCAUCGACUUCUUCGCCAUCAUUCCCUAUUUCGUCACACUGGGCACGGAGCUGGCCAAGGACAAAGGCGCACAGCCAUCCGUGUCGCUGGCCCUCAUCAGGGUCAUCAGGCUGGUGAGGGUCUUCAGGAUCUUCAAGCUGUCUCGUCACUCCAAGGGCCUCCAGAUCCUGGGCCAGACGCUGAAGGCCAGCCUCAGAGAGCUCGCCCUGCUCAUCUUCUUCCUCUUCAUCGGAGUCAUACUCUUUUCCAGUGCCGCCUACUUUGCCGAGGUGGACAGUCCUAACACAGCGUUCACCAGCAUCCCUGAGUCAUUCUGGUGGGCUGUGGUAUCCAUGACGACAGUCGGCUACGGGGACAUGUACCCAGAGACAGUCCCGGGAAAGCUGGUGGGCUCCAUGUGCGCCAUCGCCGGCGUGCUCACCAUCUCUUUGCCAGUGCCCGUCAUCGUGUCCAAUUUCAGCUAUUUCUACCACCGCGAGAUGGAGUGCGAGGACACUACCCAGUACCAUCAUGUCGCCACGUCGGUCUGGGAAAAAGACGGAGAGGACGAUGAAGAGGAGGAAGACGAGGAAGGAGCGGACGAGAUGCCUGAAUACUUGGGGGAUUACGCGCCCCUGUACGGGCAGAACAGCACGGGUAUCUGCCCUCCGCUCAACGGGACUCUCCUGGCAGGGCUUUGUGCCGGACAGGCGGCCGGUGAUCAGAGAGGGAUAAACUUCUACCUCAAAGAACCUCUGGUCACUCAGGUUUGAGAGACAGCGGGACGGACGGAGUGCGCUCAAUCAAUGCUCGAGCACUUCCUCGUGUCACGAGAAGGAGAGUGCCAAACUGGAAAGAUACUAUAAAACUGGCUGGUGUGGUGGUGACGCAGGAGACACAAGUCUUGCGCUGGAAUCAGCUUUAAUUUGUGCCUCUCAGGCGAUGAUGGUUUUUUACAUUUGAGGGUUCUGCAUGAUUUAAUUUGACUCACUACAGUAAGCGUCUGUUUUUCCCAAGAGGCAAAUAAAAGCUAAUCUUUGAUAAACCCUGCAGGUCGUUCAACAAAAGUUGCUGCUGUAUUUUAAAGAUGUUUCCAAAUUCCUCAAAGAAUCAUCUACUCAGCUCAAAUAAAAGAUAUUCUAUCUGCUGUUGCAUAAUGAGGGAUAUUCUGUGCUGUCUUGUUUGUUUUGGGCUAAAAAAUAAGAUUAAUGUAGACAAGUUAACCUGUUUAAGUUUCAUCCUUGAAUGCACCAAUCAGGGAAAUAUUGAAAACUUUAGACCAAAAAUCUAAGUUUCAAAUCUCUUUAAGCUGAUUUUCACGUAAAUGAAGUGAAGUCAAUGGCUGCUUGGAAGGAAGAAAAUCAAUUAUUUGGAAAUGAAAAUGAAGAUGGAAAAGAAACAAAAGUUUCAGGUGCUGCUUAAUUUUAUGGC